CGCAAUCCGUAGCUGAGAAAGCUGCAAACUUUAUGCGCAGGCAGAGCGCUGGAGGAAGUUAUUAAUCUCUAGUUUUGUGUUCAUUUGUUGAACUUUCAUGUCGGGGUUUAUUAAGUAGGAAAGCAAGCAGAAUAAUCCUGCGCUCUGCUGUAAAUGUUGCGGCUUGAUACUUUGUUCUAGGCUUGAGGAUUGUUUUGUCCAGUCGUCCUUUCACUUGUUCAGCAUCAGAUACAGUGGAGAAGAGGAAUGAAGGAGCUGCAGGAGCUGCUGGGGUGAAGAAUAAACCUGAUUAUAUGUGCGGUGUUGAUGACUGACUGUAGCCCGUGUGGUGGUGUGUGCAGUUUGUCAGCCACACGUCACGUCGGAGAGAAAUGACAGAAGUGCGAUGCAGAAAAGUGGGUGAGAAGGACGGGGCGGCGUCUGAAGUGCACCAUGAGGAAGGGAACGGAUUAGAAGGUGUCGUGAGGGAUGAAGAUGGUUGUGACGGUAUGGGAACAGGCUCUGCUGUAAAUGAAGGCGCGGAGAGCGGAGCAGCCGAGGACACGAUCGCAGUCGCGGACGAUGCGAGAACGGACGCAGGCCAGACGGAGUCUCCAUCUCCCGCUGCAGAGGAGGAGAUGAAGGAAGAGCAGGACACCAACUCCAGCACAACUUCAGCCAAGACAACAAUGAAGAGCAGCAAAUCUGUGAUGUUUCAGAGGUUAGCGAAGCUCUUCAUCGGUUGUCUGGCAGCCGUCACCUGUGGGAUGAUGUAUGCCGUGUACCUGAGCACAUACCAUGAGAGGAAGUUCUGGUUCUCCUCUCGCCAGGAACUGGAGAGAGAGAUCACCUUCCAGGGAGGCAGUGGUCUUUAUUACUACUACUACAAACACAUGCUGUUCGCCUCGUCCUUUGAGAAGGGUGUGUAUGAGCUGAUGCGGGAUAACAGGACUGUAUCUGGUCAGACCAUUAAUGCAGUGGAGCAGCUGUCUCUCUACCCAGAGCUCCUUAGCAGCCUACUGUACAAACUGAGCGGCAGUCAGGACUCCAUCGAGCCGGUUUAUUUCUACAUCGGCGUGGUGUUUGCGCUGCAGGCCGUCUACGUGACAGCUCUGUUUAUUUGCAGCUGGGUGAUGAGUGGCACUUGGGUGGCUGGGAUGCUGGCAGUGGCCUGGUUCAUCAUUAACAGGCCGGACACGACUAAAGUGGACUACGGCAUUCCUCUGAGGGAUAACUGGGCUCUCCCGUACUUCUCCUGCCAGAUAGCUGCUUUAACCGGCUUCCUGAGCAACAACAUCAGCUCUGCCACAGAGAUGUUCUGUUACCUGCUAAUGAGUGUGACGACGUUCACGUUCAUAGUGAUGUGGGAGCACAGCCACUACAUACUGUUUGUACAGGGACUUGCGCUCUUACUACUGGACUGCUUCGACCUCGUACCAGCACGCAAGACAGCGGACGUCCAUAAGGUGUACCUGAGCUCUCUGUUAUUGGCCUACAUUCUGCAGUAUCAGAAGCCUAGUCUGCUUUCCUGUCCCCUGCUCAGUCUGCUUGUAGCCAACAUGCUGGCCAAAUACUUGCAGCAAAAAAUGAAGAUGGGUCCGCUGGUGGCGAGACUGAUGAAGAUCGUGCUGCACCUGUACUUGGUCUUCACCGCAAGCAUCACCUUCAACUACCUGAUUCAGAGAAUCUUUCCAGUCAAUCAGAGUGACUACAUACUGAAAUUCCUGGAGGUCAGAUUCGGACUGAACUCGACAACAGAGUUUAUACCGAACCUGCUGCUGUGUGAGGAUGGUUUCCAGGCUCCGGGACAGGACUUCUUCCUGCGCCUCACACAGACAUCUGUCCUGCCUUUUUAUUUGCUCGUGCUGCUCAUCUGUGUGCUGUCAAUCAUGCAGACAACCUACAGGAGACUCAGUGGUGAGCGUACGACGGGCAGCGUGCAGAUGGAGGACGGGCGGAUCGGCGAGCGGCCGGAGGUGAUCUACCACGUGUUCCACACACUGCUGUUCGGAGCUCUCGCCAUGAUGUUUCAGGGGAUGAAGUAUCUUUGGACCCCAUACGUGUGUAUGUUCACUGCAUUUGGAGUGUGUUCACCGCAGCUCUGGAUGACUGUGUUCAGAUGGGUCAGACUCAAGUCUGUCCAUCCUGUAGUGCUGGCACUAAUACUGAGCACUGCAGUACCGACCAUCAUUGGUUUCAGUUUAUGGAGAGAGCAUUUCCCACGUGUGCUGUCAGAGCUUACAGAGGUACAAGAGUUUUAUGAUCCUGAUACAGUGGAGCUCAUGAACUGGAUUAGGAGUCAGGCUCCGCUCUCGGCUGUGUUUGCUGCAAGUCCUGCACUGUCAGGAAUGGUGAAGGUGUGCACAGGAUGGCCGGUCACCAGUCUCCCACUGUACGCAGAUCUCAGCCUGCUGCAGAGGACUGAGAGUACGUAUCAGGUGUAUGCCAUGCGCUCUGCCGAGGACGUCUAUAAGCUGUUGACAGCUCAGAAGGCAAGUUACGUCAUCAUCGAAGAGGAGCUAUGUAACGAGAUGAGUCCUGUCAGAGGCUGCAGGAUCAAAGACCUGCUCGACUAUGCAAAUGGCCACGUGGUGUAUGACAACGGGGAAAUGUACACUUUCUCCAAGCAUGGGAGGUUCUGUCACGAGAUCAAAAUGAACUACUCUCCAUACACCAACUACUUCACGCGAGUGUUCUGGAACCGCUCGUACCAUGUCUACAAAGUGAACUCGGUCAUCUCCUUCCAAUACUGACAUCUGCUGAGUCCACUCCAUCAUCUCCUCCCAAUACUGACAUCUGCUGUCAUCAAUACUGAUGAAUACACAGUCAACUCCAUCAUCGUCUCCAGUACUGAUGAAUACAGAGUCAACUCCAUCAUCUUCCCCGGUACUGGUAAAUACAGAGUCAGCUCCAUCAUCUUCGCCAAUACUGAUGAAUACCGAGUCAACUACAUCAUCCCCCUUCAGUACCAACGAAUACAGAGUCAACUCCGUCAUCCCCUCCCAAAACUGACAGCUGCCAAAUCAGUUCAAUUGUCCCCUCCAAAUACCAAUGUCUAUAGAGUUUACUUUGUCAUUCCCUUCCAAUACUAUUGUCUACAGUGUCAACACUGGCAUCUUCUUUAAAUUCCCACAGCUACCAAUUCAAAUCAGUUGCCCCCUUUCAAUAGUAACAGGAACCAAAUCAACUCUGUUGUCCCCUUCCAAGCCCAAUGUCUACACGGUCAUCUCCUUCAUCCCCUUUCAGUCCCAAUGUCUACACAGUCAACUCUCAUUCCUUUCCAAUCCCAAUGCUUACACAGCUAACCCCAUUUUCCACUUCCAACCCCAAAGUCUACAAAGUCAACUCCUUCAUCCCAUUUCCAUUUCCAAUGUCUAUACAGUCAACCCCGUCAUCCCUUUCGGUACUGGCAGAUACCAAGUCACCCUUGUUACUGAAUUCCAAUACCAAUGUCUAGAGUAAAUUCCAUCGUCCCCUUCCGUAGCUGUGUUUCUGAUCGUCUGACACCCCGUACCUUGGGGCUAGAAAUCAUACGAGGCGUUGGAGAAUGGAUUUUAAAAUGGUUCAUUUAUCACAUUGCAGUUAUGCACAGUGACAUUUAGUACUGCGUUUUGUGUGUGUGUGUUUGUGUCACAGAUCUGUUCAGGGGUCCAGUCACAGGACCUGUUCAGAAUCUGUAGUGCUGCCUCCGAGCUUUUUGUGGUGAAUGCACAGCCCUGUGGUGGCAGUGUUCGAAAGCUUUUUGUUGCUGUCAGGCUCUGAAAAGACCUUCCAAAAAGAUGGCCACCAGUGAGUGGGGGAGUUGUGGUAUGAAAGGGAAUCAUGGGUAGUGCAGGCUGGCUCUGUGACUGCCAUAAAAAUGGAAUUUGCAUUCUCUUUUCAUGUUUAAACACUGUAUCAUGUCUCACAUAUGACUUAGAGAGAAGGAACGUUCUAAGCUCUUGUUAUGGCUAAUAAUGUUGUCAACAUGUUGGGAAAACCCAUACAUUAACCUGAGACCACUUUCAUUUUUUUUUUUUCCUUCUUGUUCUUUCUGCUGUACAACUUUGUUCAGCGUUUCAAGACAAUGCAUUGUGACCAUGCAGACCUUUUUACUGCUGACGGAUACAAGUGCAAAUGACUUGUAGGAAACGUACUUAAUGGAAGUUUAAUGGCACUUUUGUCGAUUAAACAUUUGAAAAAUAGGCAAGUGGCUCAGUGGUUAAGGGUCUGGCUAAGCCAUCAAGCAAGUCCCUUAACCGUACAUUGCUCAGCUUAACUGUAAAUUGCUUUGGAUAAAUAAAUAAUCUUUUGAAAUGAAUAGAAGUCAAUAUAAAUAUGUGACCAAAUAAUACAAUAUCAAGGUUUCUACCAUUACAUUACACAUUGACGACAAAGAAAAAUGUAGUGUUGUUGCAUUAAAGUAGUUCCAUCUCAGAAAGGAUGAAUUAUACAGAUCCAUUUGCAAACAUCUUGAACAAUUCUUUACAAAAACCUUUUUUUUUUUUUUACGUUUUACAAAAACAAAAUAAUAAAUAAAUCUCCUAAACGUGCAUCGAUUCCCUAUCAUCUGCCAUUAAGCUUCCUUUAUUAGGUGAGUUUGUAGUAAAUGUUCUUGGCCUUUUUUUUUUUCCUAUUUAGUUUUUUGUAUGCUACAGAUAUGAUCAAUGGAGACUGGAUUAAAAACAAUAGUAACAGUAAUUCUUUAAAGCAGCCAACAUUUUAAUGCAAUAUAAUUAAGAGGUGUUUCAAUGGGAAAUGAUGCAAUACAGUAUGAUUUACAGUACUAUUUUCUAACAAAGUGUUUUAAAAAAACAGUGUUGGGAUAAGCGUGGAGAAAUAGACUGCCAUGACUGCCGUGAAAAAAAAAAAAAGUUUCCAAUUGUUUCCAUUACAUUUAGUUGGCAUCUGCUCAAAACUUUUGCUCAGUUCACUCAGUUGAAUUGAAUGGACAUGAAUGUGAAUGCUGGUGUUUCUGUAAUGAAUGAAAUAAGGUUCUUAGAGACGGGAACUUUUCAUUUAUCCAUAUCAGCAGAUAACAUGUAUGUUUCCCAGGACCCUGUAAUGAUGAAGCUGAUGAAUAGCUGAUAGAGAAUUGCACAUCUGCAGUAGCUUGGAUUAAUGAGCUUUCGUGACACAUUUUAUCACUGUGUUUCAUGUCUGUGCUUUAAAAAAAAAAAUUAUAGAGUCUCCUUCACCUGUUCUAUUAUUUUAUUAUUUUUCUAUAUGAAUUUUAAUAUUGCAAGUCUAAGUUAAAAAAGGCUUUUGAUUUGGCAUGUUUGUAAUCACCAGUCUAUGCAGAUGAUGAAACUAGGUAAGUUAUUUAUGUAUGAUGUCAUCUUGUUUGUGCCUUUUUAAUUUUCGUUUUUUCCCAUGUUUAUUAUAGUUUCAUGUUUCCUGUUUCACCUGCAUUUACCAUCCAAACUCAUCCUCAGAACAUGAUUGUAUUGUAUCAGUCUAGCCGGUGUUCACUGGGGAAAAGUGCUUCGUUGCAAUUACGUGCCCUCCUGCUGCUGUUGGUAAAAUGCUUUUCCUCAUCCAUGCGUGAUCAUGUGAUUAAAAAAAUUAAUAAUUUGUUAACUGUACAUAGUCAUGUGAAAGCACACAUCAGUAAAUUUAAGCUGAUGCUCUGACUCAUGUCUUAUACUGUACAAUAUGAAAUGAUCUGAUUCUGUUAAAUACAGUCUUUGUAUUCUUCUGUA